AUGUGUCGGUUUACUGUUUAUGUUCUAUUGGUUUUUGCUGCUCAUCAGGCUAUGAGUGAAAUAACAGCUUACGAAGUGAAUAAUUCAAGUGAAAAUGAAAUAAUGGAAAAGCCAUUUACUUGGCUAAAAGGAGUUCAAAAUAUUGUUUCCAGUCCAGCAGGACAUGUUGCUGUACAAAUGGCUAAAGAACUAAUAAAUCGUUCAGCUGGAAACAGCCAAGUUCUAAGUUUGAAUCUCACAAACUUACUGAUAAUAAUACUACUAAAGAUUCUAAUAUUUGCUGCUGGUAUGUUGGGCGCUGGUCAUUGGGGCGGUUAUGGUUACGGCUAUGGACGUUCUAUUGAUAGAAGCAGUGAUGUAUAUGAAUAUGGUCUCAAUGAAGGUGAAGCAUAUCUUAUUACUGGAUUUCUGGCAGCUCAAGGGGCUGGAAUAGAUGAUUGCCUUUAUGCAGCUGCAUGUGAGAGUCCGAAAGUAGCAUAUGAGUAUGCAAAAGCAGCCAAAGCCUUAAUGGAAGGCAUUAAAAAGUUUGAAAAUAAUUCUUUUAGUAAUCCACGUUAUAACGAUCUUCUUGUAUUAGUGGAAAAAGCAGCCCACGAUGGUUACCGUGGAGUACCCUGUAAUACGACUUUUAAAUGCGAUGGGCUACUCUGA